AUGGACGAGGACAAGGUGGCGCGUCUCUUUGCGGAUAUGCGACGAGAAUCCCAAGCGACUGGUGCCUAUCCCAUUACUCUACGUCAUCUUGAAGCCAUUAUCCGCAUCAGCGAGGCUUUCUGCCGCAUGCGCCUCUCGGAGUACUGCUCGGCCCAGGAUAUCGACCGUGCUAUCGCGGUGACGGUGGAGAGCUUCAUCGGCAGUCAAAGACCCGGCGGCAAGGGAAAGAAGACGGGCAACGCCAGGGGCGCGGCCGCGGUGUCCGCGUAG